GACGAAGGGAAAGAAGAGGAAGAUGCCUCUCUUCUUCCGUAAAAGGAAACCCAGCGAUGAAGCUCGCAAGCGCCUUGAGUACCAAAUGUGCCUGGCAAAGGAAGCUGGAGCCGAUGAUAUCCUUGACAUAUCCAAAUGUGAACUCUCAGAGCUUCCAUACGGAGCCUUUGCAACCUGUAAAGUUCUGCAGAAGAAGGUGUUGAUUGCCCACACAAACUGCUUGACGUCUCUGGUGCCCAAAUCCUGCAGUCUUCUGAAUCUGAUAAAUGUGAAGGUUUUAGAUCUACAUGACAACCAGCUGACCUCACUUCCUGCUGAUAUUGGUCAGCUGACAUCUCUCCAGGUCCUGAACGUUGAAAAAAAUCUCUUGAAGGCCCUUCCGGAUUCUAUAGGGGACCUUGUUCAGCUGCAGACCCUGAAUUUGAAAGGCAACCACAAGCUGAAGGAAUUGCCGGCUGCUCUGAGCGGUCUGCGUAGCCUGCGGACUUUAGACAUCAGCGAAAACCUGGUGCGGGAGUUGCCACAAGCACUGGCUCACAUCCGGACGCUGGAAACGCUGACCCUGGAUGCCUCAUCCAUGACCUACCCACCCGAUGACAUCUGCAGUGCUGGCACGGAGGCCAUCCAGCAGUUUCUGUGCAGAGAAUUAGGAAUAGAGUACAAUCCUCCCUCGCAGUAUUUACUCCCGGUGUUGGAAAGCGACAGAGGAGAGACUUCGGUGGACGGGGUGGCACCGGUCUCUAAAUAUGCGGAGGACGAGGCUGAGUGGCAGAACAAAUUCCUGGAUUACGAGAAGCGGAAGGAGCUGAAGAUGCAGGAGAAGCUGGAGUUUGAGCGCUGGCUGGACCUGGAGCAGCGGGGUCAGGCACAGUUGAUGCACCAGAGCCACACCCAGAAAGGGGAGAUCCUCCAGAGCAUGAAGGAGGAGCAGGUGAAGCUGGAGCAAGGCCUGAGCCGGCACCAGGAGCGCCUGGGCGAGGCACACCUGAAGCUGCUGGAACAGCUGAAGCAGAUGGAGCAGGGGGUCUCCGGCCGGAUCAAGAAGCUGCUGGAAGAGAAUCGAAGGCAAAAGCAGAGCUCUGAGAUCCUCAAAUCCCUCGAGAAUGAUCGGAUCCGGAUGGAGCAGCUAAUGGCCAUCACACAGGAGGAGGCAGAGCAGCUGCGCAGGAGAGAGGUGGCCUCGGCCAUGCAGCAGAUGCUAGCUGAGACCUACAAGAACAAACUCCUCCAAAUUGCCUACGAGUCGCGCCGGCAAGACCUCGUCAACCAGACUUGUUCCAGCCUCGCCAAGAUGGAUCAGAGAUUCCAGCAGAUCCUGGCAUGGCAGCAGCUGGACCAGAGCAAAGCCAUCAGCCAGAUCCUGCAGGAGAGCGAGAUGCAAAAAGCUGCCUUCGAAGCCCUGCAGGUGAAGAGGGACCUGAUGCACUGCCAAAUCCGAAAUCAGAUUAAGUUAAUAGAGAGAGAGUUACUGCAGCUGACCCAGCUGGAGUUAAAGAGGCAGCAGCUGGACACGGAGGCGCUGCAGGAGGCGAUCGCGGAGCAACGGCGAGCCCUCAGCUACCUGCUGCAGCAACUGCUGAAAGAGAAGAGGCAGCGGGAAGAGGAGCUGCAAGAGAUCUUGAGGGAGUUGGAAGCCAAGAGCGAGACGAAGCAGGAGAACUACUGGCUGAUCCAAUACCAGCGGCUCUUGGAUCAGAAGCCUCUCUCGCUCCGGCUGCAGGAGGAAGGGUUGGAACGGCAGCUUGUGAAGCUCUUGACUGACCUGUCAGCCGACCAGUAUGUGCCCGUCUUUGCACACCAUCGGAUCUCCCUCGAAAUGCUCAGUGCCAUGGUCCCCAGCGACUUGGCAAAGAUGGGGGUUGCCGAAACUGGCCUGCAGCACUCCAUCAUCCGGAAGGCCCGGGAGAUCCACGCCGUGGCGAAAACCAUCCCAGAGCUGCUGAAGCCCCCAGAAGAGGAAGAACCUCCCACUGCAGGAACCAGCAGAAAGCCCCCGGGUGCCACGGCCCCUUCUGCCCGGCCUCCAGAAGAGCACCAGUGCGAGUGUGUGGUCUGCAUGGAGCUAGAGGCUCAGAUGGUCUUCCUGAACUGCGGCCACGUCUGCUGCUGCCAAACUUGCUCCGAGGCCCUGAGCACUUGUCCGCUGUGCCGAAAGGACAUUGUCCAGCGCAUCCGCCUCUUCCACAGCGGCUAGGCCCCUGGAGGAUGGUGCAGAUCGCAUCACUCCCGUCAUGAGCCCGCCCUCCCCAUAACCUCGUGCACGGGGGAGCCAGCAGAGGCUAAGUUUGCAAUUUGCACUACCUCCUCGUCUACAUAUUUGUUGUUCUCGUCGUCAUCAUGCGCUCGCAAAGCAUGGCUGCCGUUCCCCUUCCCCGGCCCUUGGUACAUAGCUGUAGCUGCUUGGAAGCCAAGAUGGAGGCGGGCGCCCGGUUUGGGUGCCAAGGGCACAUCCAGGGAGGAGUGUGUGUGUGCGCGUGCUGUCCCCUGGCCAGAUCGCUUGCAGAUCCUCAAAGGUUCUGAGGAACGGCCAAGAGGCCUUUCUUUGCUAGGAACCUUGCAUGUGAUUAUCUAAAAACACUCCAUGAGGAACUUUGCACGUGAUUAUUUAAAAACACUCCAUGCACAAACCUGUAUGUGGAGUCAGCUCUAGGGAGUUUGGAGUUCAGGGAUGGGAUUCCCUUCUGCCUUCCCACCCCCCAGAAGGAAAUUGGUGCUGUGGGAUCUUCACAGACUGAGCCGUAGCAAAGGUGCCUGGGAGCUGUCCCCCCCCUUAACACAGGGAAGGGGCCUUGACUGAUGCCUGGCCGUUCAGCAGCCAGCUCCCAAUUUAGACCACCUUUCAGCUCUUUGGGGGCAGCUUUGUAAUGCCACCUCUCUCAAGUUGGUACCCUCCAGGUGUUUUGGACUACAUCUGAUGGGAGUUGUAGUCGAAAACAGCUGGGGAGGCACCAACUUGAGAGAGGUGGCUUUAAGAACACCGCAACCACAAGAAGCCACAGGGAUGGGGGUAGGGUCUAGCCAAGUCCAUGGCUGAUCAGUGUGUUGCACCACCCCCAUCUCAUGUUUCCCCGGUCUAACCGUGUGGCAAUUGGGAAGGAGAGGCUCUCAAAUUGACUGCAGAUCCCUCUCCUUGUCAGCCUCAAUCCAGCUGUCGGUUGAUACCUAGGCCGGGUGUGUAGGGGGUGGGUCAGCCAAACCCGAGGCCUGGUUGGGUGGUGCCCCUGUUCCGCCCACUGCCUGUUUUUGCUAAGGAGGUGUGUGCAUUGGAUAUGUGGUUCAUGGUGCCUCUCGGUUCAUUGGUCAGCACUUGGCCUUGAUCGGCUUGCCAAGUCGCCACCUCCCCUCUACUAGAAGGAGCCGGCUGCUGCCAGGUCAGGCUUGGCUGGUUUCCUGGUGGGAGAGUUGGAGACUAUCUUUAGCUCCUUCCCAGAAACCAACGGUUGGCACUUUGGAUUACCUAACGCAGGAGCAGGGAAGCCUGUGGCCUUCCAGAUCUUGUUGAACUGUAGCUCCCAUCCGCCCCAGCAUGCAUGGCCCAUGGGAGUUGUAGUUCAGCAACAUCUGAAAGGCCAAAGGUUCUCCACACCUGACAUAGCUGCGCCCCCUUGGCAUCCGUUCUUCUGGAACGCCAAGAUGAAGUGUUCGCCGAACUGGGGGGGGAGGGGGAGAAGCCAACAAAAGUAAGGCCUUGAACAGGCCUGGUGCAAGAUGAGUGAGAAGACCUCUGGCUCGGCAAUCUCUUCCCUGCCCAAAUCUCUCUCUCGGGGUGGCUUGUGCCCCCUUCUACCCCAGGGAGAAGGAUGCUGUGCCCAGCACAUUGAGCUGCACUCCAUCAACUCUGACCGUUGGCCCUGCCGGCCGCUGGGGUGGAUGGUUGUUGGAGUCUAAAAACAGCCAAAGGAGCCACCACUUUCCCCAUGCUAGACAUUGCUGGGCCCACCGGUGGUCCUCUUAUCCGGCUGUCCUCUUAACAAAACAACCCUGUUAGCCGCAGCAAUGCUUUCCUGCGUUGUGGCUGUUUCGCAGCAUGGACAGGUACAGCCUGGGCGCAUUCCCUCAAAAGCAACAGAGAGCAGAGAUUGGCCGCUGCUGGGGCGAGGAGCACAGUGGGCUCCUCAAGAGGGUUCCUAAUUGCGGUCUCGUUCGCUGGGAGCAGGUUACCUGUGGGCCUCCAGAAAUUGCUGGACUCCGCCUCAGCCGGCGACCAGGGAUGUUGAGAGUCGAGCAACACCAGGAGGCCACGGGACUCCCCAGUUCUGUGCUGGGCUAAGCCGUGCACGUCCUUCCCCUAGCCCAGGUGCAGGGGAAACUUUGCCCCCCCCCCGUCUGUUGUCAAGCCACAACUUACCCACACCUGCCACAUCUCUGCUCGAAACCAAAAACAAUCUGAAAGUUGCUUUUUGCCUUGCCAGUCACUUCGGGGUCUCUUUCCCUGUCCAGCAAGAACCACCCCAGAGGCCGGGGUUCCAGUCCCUCCACGCACAAGGCCAGGAUGCCUAUGCCAAACAUCCACGGCUUGUUUCUUCUCUUCCAUGCAUGGUGCGGCUUACCAUUAUCUUGUGCUCCCCAAAGUCGCAUUGCAAACCCAAACUUCUUCCCAAAGAACCUUGCAAAGUGUAGUCCUUUUGUGCCGGUGCUGAAGAUGGUCACGAACAGUCUCGCCCGCCCACCCUCAGAACUGCAAAUCCCCAAAAGUGCCGAGUGUGUGUGGGAGCCAUUACAUGUAAACCAGAGAUAGGCCUGUAUAGCACUCCCUCGCUUUGCCAGCAGCAGAGAAGACGCUUCAUCUCUGCCCCUUUGGAGACAGGCGUGCCCACCCAAGGCUGCAAGGCCAAAUUCAGGCAGCAGCAGUGGCUUAACUGGAGCGGUGAUCCCUUUGCAUGACUCUGUUGUUUCCAGCGUUGGUCCAUUUUUACUUGUGAUCGUCUCAUGUGUAUCCAGCAAAGAAAUAAAAAACCAGGUAUGGAAUGCAA